AAUAUAAAAACAAAAAAAAUUACGCAAACAGCAACAAAACAGCUGACGGGUUAAACGAACGUCAAUGAACGUCAGAGAGAGAGAGAGAGAAAGGGAGAGCAACAAGAGGAGAGAUUAUUACACAAAUGCAGUUAAAGCUUUGACUUUACUACAACUACUACAAGUGUAAGUGCAGCUCAAAAGCUUUGCCUGAACUUGAAAGUGAAAGUGCGAGAGACAGACAGAGAGAGAGACAGACAGACAGACAGACAGAGAGAGAGAAAGACUCUUUUGCUGGAGUGAUAGUAAUAACAAUAAUAAAAACAAAAAAACCAACUACAACUACAACUCAGACUCAGAGCAACAUCAUUAAUCAACGUUUAACGGUAAAAAUGAGCCAAUCACAGGAAUAUGAGGUAAAAUCAUCACCCCAAGCGGGUGAAGAGGGUCACAAAUUUAUAGUUUGCCCCGUAUUGACUGCGGUGCCGGUGAUGAAACCGCCAGCAGAGGAAACGAACCCCCAACAGGAGACGGCAGAUGAGGAGGAGCAACCAUGUUGUUCAAGUUCCUCACAAGCCAUAGUACCAUUAUCUUCAUCAUUGCCAUCGAAACUUUUGCGUUAUCAUGCCAAACGUUCGGCUCAAGCCUUGCUCCAACAAAUGGCCUCAUUGGACAGUCAAUUGGGCAGCAGUGCCAGCGGUGGCAGCUCAGCCGAAGAAUUACCCUCACCCACUGCGCCACCCAUGUCGCCGACGCCAAUGGAUCAACAAUUAUUGGAUGUGGGCAUGGGUUCCUCAAUUGGAGACUCUGAAGAAUCCGAAGAAGAUGAUGAACUAAAACCCUUGGCUGUGGAUAAUCACAUUAUAAAUGAAACCCAUGCGGAAGACUCACCACCAGCUGUGCUGAGUGAAGAGAAUCUGGAGAAAUUUCGUAAACAUCAAAUGGAUAAUAUCUAUUUGCAUCCAAAUUUCCAUUUGGAUCAAUCUCCGCCACCAGCUGUGGCGCCCAACAAUUCCCCUGUGGCCGAACCCAAACGUGUUCAUCGUUCAUUUUUGACCAUGAAAAAAGAAGCACCAGAACCCAUACAGAUGGAGCCAGCCGAAUCGGUGGAUACUCUGAAUGAAAUCGAUACAUUGGACCCUGCAAUGGUGCCCAGUGAUGAAUUGGCUGCGGAAAUUUCCGAAGCAGUUGAAUUCUAUUUCUCCAACGAGAGCAUACUGAAAGAUGCCUUUCUCCUCAAGCAUGUGCGUCGGAAUAAAGAGGGUUUCGUCAGUCUCAAGUUGGUGUCGAGCUUCAAGCGUGUACGCCAAUUGACACGCGAAUGGAAAGUGGUGGGCAAUGCCGUCAAGAGGAAAUCCAAAAAGAUUGAACUCAACGAUGUGGGCACCAAGGUGCGACGCAUUGAUCCGCUGCCCAGUUUCGAUGAGACCAUGCCCUCGCGUACCAUAGUGGCUUGUGAUUUGCCCAUGGAUAAGCUGACAAUUGAAAAAGUAUCCGAUUUGUUCUCCAAAUGCGGUGAGAUUGCUUUGAUACGCAUCCUCAAACCCGGCAUGGCCAUACCCGUUGAUGUGCGACAAUUUAUGAAUAAAUAUCCAGAAUUACAGCAAAAGGAAUGCGCUUUGGUCGAGUAUUUGGAAUCAUCGUCGGCUCGUGAUGCUAGACACUUGAAUGGUCCCUUCCAGGUCUAUGAAAUGGUGGCCCCUAAAAAGAAAACUGGCAAAAAGGCAGCUGUCAUUCAGAUUGCUGCUCCUGUGGCUCGUAUGGUUGAGAAUUAUCGUUAUUAUAAUGAAACCAAUAAUUGUGAGAGAACACGUGGCGGUAGUUUUUCAGGUCAUGAGACUAUGCCUGAUUUAAGAUUCAAAUUGAAGAGAAAUAAUUCCGAUUUUCAACCGAAUUAUUAUCAGCAGCAGCAGCAGCAGCAACAACACCAACAACAGGCCUACUACAACAAUCAUCAUCAUCAUCAAUUGGGCUAUCAGCAUUAUCAAAUGCCACGAGGAAGUCAAGAUAGUUCGGCUUCUGGUUUCUAUGCCUAUCAACCGAGACGUUAUAGUAAUACUUCAACUUUAUCGGCCAAUACGGCAGCAGCCGCCACGGUAGCAGGAUCAACAAUUGUAGAGCAGAUGCCAUCACCAACCAAUCCAGCACCCACUAUACCUAUUAGUAAUUUACAACGUGGUCUAUCCAAUUGCUCGGAGCAAAAUUAUCAGAAUCCCGUACAAGCCGAACAGCCAGUACGUCGUCCUAGCAAUUGCUCAGAGACUGGUGCUCCCCAGAGACGUGAUUCGAAUUGCUCGGAGAAUUGUCCAUGUUCGCGACGCGUCUCAGAUUUUGGUGAAACCAACAUUCAAGCCAAUAACAAUGGCAAUAACUAUCGCAAAACUUCUGUAUGCUCGAAUGGCAGCUGCUCGGGCGAACGUCGUUUCUCCAAUGGUUCCAUGCAAUUCGAAAGGACCUUCUCCAAUGCCAGCGAUGGUUUCUAUCGUCGUCCAUCGAAUGACUUCCAAAUGGAACGCGAACGUAGUGAUUCCGGCGAUCAAUUGGUGGGCGGCGGUGGUGGUGGCUAUCAGGUAUGGCCACGUCGUUAUUCCAAUAAUUUCCAACAAUUGACCAGUAAAUUGGCCAACUAUGAUAAUGCCCAAUAUAUUGGUGGUCGUCGCAUAUCAACCGAUUCGGGUUAUGAUCGUCGUUGUUCAUUUGGCUCCGAAUUCGAGGGUUCACCACGCUCCAGGACUGGCAGUUUCCUGAGUAACUACAAACAGAAUCUGGACUACGAUGGAGCACAGCCACGUUCAAGGACUGGCAGCUUCCUUAUGGAUGGCAAUUCGCCACGUUCACGUUCUGGGUCAUUUGCCCAACGGACUGCCGAAAGUUUGGUACGCACUCCCAUCGGACCCGAUGGUAGCAAAGGUUUUGGCCAGAGGGCCCGUAAAUUUGGCCAAACAGUGUCACCUGUAAAUUAGAAAAGAAGAAAUCGUUACAAAUGAGAUUGUUGUUUAAUUCAUAAUAUUAUUUUAUUUUUUGUUUUUGUUUCGAUUUAAAAAAAAAAAAGAAAAUGAAUGGCUGUACACUGUGAUGAUGUCCAACCCAACAAACACAUAACAAAAAUCAUUUAGAACCAAUUAAGUUAAUUAGUAGAUUAAGUUACCAAGAAAUGAAAUUUGUUCUUGCUCUCAAAAUUAUCAUAAUCGUUAACAAAUCACUGCCAAUUAAAUUUACUUCAUAUUAGUUAUCAAGAAAAUUGUUAAUAAUUUCAACUAACCUUUAGAAUAGGUAAAAUUUU